AUGGAGGCCGCCACCCAGCCUGACCCUUUGCCAGCAGCCUCUGUUAAAUCUGUCCAGUACCCAGCGACCACCGCUCUGUCGAUCCCCCUCCCAGCGGCUGCCACCCUGCUGGAUACCACACCAACAGCUGACUUCCUUCUUGACCCCUGUCCAGCAGCCACCACUAAGCCUGACCCCUACUCAGCACCCACCACCGCAGAUGACCCUAUCCAGUCUGACCCCUGCCAAGCAGCCACUCAAGCCCAGUCUUCUGACCCCUGUCAAGCAGCCGCCACCCAGUCUUCUGACCCCUGUUCAGCUCCCUCCGCUCAGUCUUCUGACCCCCUGUCCAGUGGCCACCACCCAGUCUGCUGCCCUUCCUGUCCUUACCACCCUCCUCACGGCCUCCCUCGUUCACUUCCUCAGGCCUUUUCCCCGGCCGCUGGACCACACCCCUACCUAAACCCUCCUCCCAGGCCUCCGGACCCUGCUCCCUACCUGGAUUCACAUCUCUGGAUGCCAGACACUGUACCUUUCCUGAGGCCCACUUCCAGGCCUCCAGACCCUGCUCCCUUCCUUAAACCUCCUCCCUGGUCCCUCCCACCGGUUCCACCUUGGACUGCCCUGCCAGUUUCUACCUGGUUUCCCUCCUUUUCCUCCCUUUCUUUUGUUCUUUCUGUUCUUUGUUAG